AUGACGGUCAAGACGUUGAGAAUCGCGGUUGUGCCCGGUGAUGGUAUCGGCACCGAGGUGAUGCCAUACGGUGUCCGGUGCCUGGAAGCAGUCGCCAAAGUUUACAACAUCCCCAUUGAAUUUGAGUCUUUCGAUUUCGCUAGCUGCGAUUACUACCAGAAACAUGGCGACAUGUUACCGCAAGACUGGAAAGAAACUCUUGCCCAAUUUGACGCCAUCUAUUUCGGCGCAGUCGGGAUGCCGGAUCUGAUACCAGAUGAUGUGACUCUCUGGGGGAGUCUCAUCAAGUUCAGAAGGGAGUUCGAUCAGUACAUCAAUCUUAGGCCUUGCCGCCUAAUGCCCGGCAUCCCAUGCCCACUGGCGGGGCGGAAGCCGGGCGACAUUGACUUCUGGAUCGUGCGGGAGAACACCGAAGGCGAAUACAGCAGCAUUGGCGGAAAAAUCUUCGAAGGGACCGAUCGAGAGACUGUUAUCCAAGAAACAGUCAUGACCAGGACGGGCAUUGAUCGUGUCCUCCGCUACGCCUUUGAGUUGGCCCGGAGCCGGCCCCGCAAGCGGUUGACAAGUGCGACUAAGAGCAAUGGAAUCAGCAUCACAAUGCCGUACUGGGAUUCGCGUGUGCGCGAAAUGGCAACGCAGUAUCCUGACAUCGACCUUGACAAAUAUCACAUCGACAUAUUGACGGCUCACUUUGUUCAGCGACCCGACAUCUUCGACGUCAUUGUUGGCAGCAAUCUCUUCGGAGACAUCCUGUCCGACCUGGGCCCGGCGUGCACUGGUACAAUCGGUAUCGCGCCGUCCGCUAAUAUCAAUCCCGAGGGUAAAUUCCCCAGUUUGUUCGAACCUGUGCACGGCAGUGCGCCGGACAUUGCUGGCAAGGGGGUCGCAAAUCCGAUUGGCAUGAUCUGGGCUGGUCAGAUGCUGCUUCAGCACUUUGGAUACACAAAAGCCGCAGAUGCGCUGCUCGGUGCCAUCGAAAGUGUCCUGGCGCGAUCAGAGGUCACUGUUGUCACACCUGACAUUGGCGGAAAGGGUACCACACAGUCGCUGGGAGAGGCAAUUGAGAGCGAAAUCCUCGCCGUGUCAAAGAAACAACAGAAUGGAAGCGCGCAUUGA